AUGAACAUUGUGCCAGAUAGCGACAGAGGUAGAUCGAGCGUCAAGUUGAAGCUGGCAACAAUUGUUGUUCAGGUCGAGAGUGAAUGUCGUUCAUGGAACGCAUCACAAAUCGAAAUCUUCGUGAAUCAUAUGAUGGUUGGCAUUCCAAGCGACGCAGUGACAGAACAUCGUGCUCAUUGUGGACAGCACAACUGACAGCCAUCGUCACAAUCGACGUGUCAGUGCCUCUCAAGCGCCGAUUGUGCUGAAUGCCGAGCGCAAGCCAUCGACGGGUCAUCUCCUUUCGAGCAAGCACCGCGCUCAGGAGGACAGCCCGAGACGAGGCCGCGGUCGUUGCCCUCGCUCGCCGUCAUGGUGUUGCGCUUGUACGGAGAUCUUCUCUCGCAGCCGACCCGAGCCAUUGCGAUUUUUCUCGAGGUCAACCUGAUUGAUUAUGAGUUACAUUUUCUGAGCUUGUCAAAACGGGAACACAAAAGUCCUGAGUUUUUGGCAAUCAACCCGAGAGGACAAAUACCCGCCCUUGUCGAUGAUGGUUUCAAUCUUGCUGAGAGCGCCACAAUAUUGAGAUACCUAGCGUCGACACGGUCGGUAUCGGACCAUUGGUACCCUGCAGAUGCAAGAAAAAGAGCUCGAGUUGAUGCUUUGUUGGAUUGGUAUCACACGAAUCUCCGUAAUACUGCAAAAUACGUUUUCUCACGUGCCUUGCAAGUCCUUGUGUUCAAGUUACCCGAACCAACGUACGAGGAAGUCAAAAAGCAUGAAAAGGACAUGACAGACGCUCUGAAUUAUUUGGAGACGACAUUGCUGACUAGAGAAGGCCCCUUUUUGCUCGGCGAGUCGGAGCCUUCAAUUGCCGAUGUCCUUAUUGGGUGCGAAGUGACACAACUGAAGCUCCUGCCCAAGCGAGACUGUGAAGCAAUUCUCGACUCCAGGCCAAGGAUCAGAAAUUGGCUGCAAGAGUUGGAAAUUGCUCUUGGUCCACAUUUUGCAAGGUUUCACGUAAGAGUUGACAGCACCGCAAAGUUCUUGGAGUCUAAAAGGAGCAAAUUGUAGAAGACAUGUCUCUUUGAGGACAAUACGCAUCGCCUUCCUUAUCACAACAAACUGUUUCAUAAGGAGAAUAGGGGAAGUGGAGGGAAGUCGUGACUCAUGACUCGUGACUCGUGACUGAUAUCCAGCUAAAGCGAUGUGUGUUGAAAGGAUUAUCUUCUAGGUAGAAAGCUUAGUUUGUGAGGAGCUUUCUCUUCUUGGCUUAUGAUCACUGAAAAUUAUUCACGAGUAUUAAAUGAGGACAAGAAGUGUCGAAGAAAUCCAGCGAUAGACGAGUAUGUUUUCCUGUAUGGUGCUAAUGCAAAUGAAGAGUGUAUCAGUGGACUAUCUGAGAAUGUCAAUCUGUUUAUCAUCCUAACGUAACGGGUGGCGUGCUGUAAUGUGCUUAUUCCAAGUUCAGUGUGUCAGCACUAAGAGCAUUGUAAUCAGCAAGUAAUUAAGUUCAUGCUUUAAGUGAGUAUAAACAAG